AUGCUGGAUGGGCCCCUCCUGGCGCGCUGGCUCGCCGCGUCCUUCGCGCUGACGCUGCUGCUCGCUGCGCUGCGCCCCUCGGCCGCCUACUUCGGGCUGACGGGCAGUGAGCCCCUGACCAUCCUCCCUCUGACCCUGGAGCCUGAGGCCGCGGCCGCCAAGGCACACUACAAGGCCUGUGACCGGCUGAAGCUGGAGCGGAAGCAGCGGCGCAUGUGCCGCCGGGACCCAGGGGUGGCCGAGACGCUGGUGGAGGCCAUCAGCAUGAGCGCCCUUGAGUGCCAGUACCAGUUCCGUUUCGAAAGGUGGAACUGCACCCUGGAGGGCCGCUACCGGGCGAGCCUGCUCAAGCGAGGCUUCAAGGAGACAGCCUUCCUGUACGCCAUCUCCUCGGCCGGGCUGACCCACGCGCUGGCCAAGGCCUGCAGCGCCGGCCGCAUGGAGCGCUGCACCUGUGACGAGGCGCCUGACCUGGAGAACCGUGAGGCCUGGCAGUGGGGCGGCUGUGGGGACAACCUCAAGUACAGCAGCAAGUUCGUCAAGGAAUUCCUGGGCCGCAGGUCGAGCAAGGACCUGCGGGCCCGCGUGGACUUCCACAACAACCUCGUAGGCGUGAAGGUGAUCAAGGCCGGGGUGGAGACCACGUGCAAGUGCCAUGGUGUGUCUGGCUCCUGCACAGUUCGGACCUGCUGGCGCCAGCUGGCACCCUUCCACGAGGUGGGCAAGCACCUGAAGCACAAGUAUGAGACUGCGCUCAAGGUGGGCAGCACCACCAACGAGGCCACAGGCGAGGCAGGUGACAUCUCGCCACCUCGAGGUCGAGCACCGGGGGCGGGUGGCAGCGACCCACUGCCUCGCACCCCCGAGCUGGUGCAUCUGGACGACUCGCCCAGCUUCUGUCUGGCUGGCCGCUUCUCCCCGGGCACCGCCGGCCGUAAGUGCCACCGUGAGAAGAACUGUGAGAGCAUCUGCUGCGGGCGUGGCCACAACACGCAGAGCCGGGCCGUCACACGGCCCUGCCAGUGCCAGGUGCGCUGGUGCUGCUACGUGGAGUGCAAGCAGUGCACGCAGCGCGAGGAGGUCUACACCUGCAAGGGCUGACCCACGCCCGGUGCCGCCUCUCCAAGGGCUGACCCACGCUUGCCGCCCACACGCCAAGGGCUGACUCACGCCCGCUGCCCCCUCGCCAAGGGCUUAGCCCAUGCCCACCGCCCCCUCGCCAAGGGCUGAGCCCAUGCCCACCGCCCCCUCACUAAGGGCUGAGCCGACACCCAGGGCCCCCUUUCCAAGAGCUGAGCCCACGCCCACUGCCCACUUUCCAAGGGCCCUGGGCUGGGAGGUGGCUUCAGUCUCUGUAGCCACUCUGCUUUUGACCUGGGACCUGUGAGGGUCCCUUUCUCGGCCUCAGCUUUCCCCAUCCUGUGACCUGAGAGCACUGGGCUGAUGCUUCCCAAGCUGCCUGUCGUCCCUGAGAUGCCAGUUCCCGAGGGCACAGAGAUGGGCCCCUGUCGGCUGCCACUUGCCCUCACUGCAGUUCUGCUGAUGGUCCUCCUCCAACCUCCUUGCUCCCUCUUGAGGAGCCAGGGGUCUGAGGCACACCUUCCUUGACCGCAUCUGGGGCCUGGGUCUGGGGCGGCAGCAGGCAGCUCAGCCAGCGGAGGCUGCGUGCUGCCCAGCACUGUGUUCAGAGCGUCAAACCACUAGAAGAGAACGCAGCCUGCUUCUGCUCCGGUGCCCUGCCCCAGGGACCUGGGUUGGGGGACAUAGCCAAUCCUGGGUCCCUUCUCUGACAUCAAGCACUUCUCUUUGGAGUGAAUAUCAGUGACUUUUAAAUUAUUAUUAUUUAAUGAAUAUAGUAAUUAUUAUUUUUCCCCAGGCUGCUCUUUGAGGGCCGUUUCUUACUCUCCCCAAUCUCUCCCUCCUUCCCUUCUUUGCCUGACUCUGCUUUGUCUUUGGAAACCACUAAAUCAAGAUAGAUUUUUUUUUUUCUUUAAAGAAAUAAAGCAAAGCUGUGUGUGGCCAUGGGCCCAGGGCUCUGGCAGCUGGGUUCCCCUGCCAGCUGGGUAUGGCAUGCUGUGAGCAGACGGCCAGCACUCCGGGCCCCUUGACGCGGAUUCAGGGCUGGGGGUGGCAGAGGGUGGUCUGCUCUCCCCCAAAGCAGGCGCAAGCAGAGGUCCGUUUUAUGCAGAAGCCACAGCUUGCUCUAUGUCACUGCAGGAGAGGCAGGGUGGGGACAGGUAGGGGUGGAGGGAGCCUUGGGCUAGGAUUUGGCCAACUGAAUGCUGUUCCCUUUGGCCAUGCUGUUCUCUUUGCAGGGGAGGGAAAGGAUGGCUCCCACUGACCUGGUUUGGUUUGAGUGUGUGUGUGUGUGAUGGUACAUGUGUGUGCAUGUGUGUGCACACAUAUUGUGUGUGUACAUGUGUUUUCAUGUGCACAUGUAUGUCCACAAGUGUGAUUGCAUACAAACACGUGUACACAUAUGCACAUGUAUGCAUGUACGUGUGUACACAUGUAUGUGAAUGUACAUGUGUGAGUGGUCACUGGCCAGCUGGGGUGUGGCAGCCGUCUUGGGGGCCCUCCCUCAGAGCAUUCUAUUCUGGCUCCUUCCCCGAGUUGUGGGGCUGUCUGCCGCCGACUGAGGGAGGGCCUGGUCCCAGGGGGCGAGGUUGGCAUGGGGCUGGCGGCACAUGCACUGUGCACACGCAUGUGCCGGGCCAGGUUUGUGUGGUUGCUGAGCUGGCAGGUGGUGUGGACGCAGGAACUACUGAGUGAGCAUGCUUCUCUGAGUCCCAGGGUCUCGAGGAAGCCCGGGGUGACCGUGCUUUUAAAAGAAAACCUAUUUAUGUUGAUGUGGGUCUCUGGUGUCCCUGUUAUAUAGUGUAAAUAGCAAAGUCUAUUCUCCCGUGGUUCAGAAAGCACCCUAUGAAGUAACCACAUGCUGAAAGGGAGAUGCUGGAGUGGAGGGCCAUCUCUGUUCCCAGAAGGGCAUGCAUGUCCUUGGGGGAAGGGCCAGGGAGCAAGAGACAUGAGGACAUGAGGACCCCAGCACCACGAGGCUGCAUCUGUCCCUCCACCUUCAGCAGACCUGGCUGGGUGAGUCAGAGGUUGGCGUGCAUCCCCUUGGCUGGGGCUCCGUGGUGGAGCUGGCCACUGUCACGACAAGACUGUGCCUGGUCACUCUCGGGUCUGUGGAAAGGUGGCGGCCCGUCAGAGGAAGAAUUUUUUUUUUUUUUUUAAUCAAAUACCACAUUUAGCUCUAUGCCAUAAAUAUUAAGAAAAGUAUUUUUUUAAACAAGGCAGACUGAAAACGUUUGCUGGUUUGCUUGUUUAUAUAUAAAUAUAUAUCAGAACGUCUUACUAAGCAAAGACACUGCCCCCCUGCUGGGGUCUCCUAUUUACCAUGCUUCUCUUUGGUGUGACAGAGUAUUUCUUGAAGAAAAAGCCUUAUAUGGGGUGGCGUUCACAUUCUCUCCUCAGCCUGGCCUCCUGCAGCUGGGCCCAGAGUGCGUGGCCUGGGGGUCCCACCACCACCCGCUGGGGCUGAGGUCUGGCCCUCCUUCCCCCCAGGGGGAAGGGGCUGCAUGGCGGGCCCUCUCAUACACAGGGCUUGACCCUGGCCAGGAAAAGAGGGACAUAUUCACUUGUGAAGAUUUCUCGUCCUUGUGUUCAGAGUCUUGGGAGCCUUUCGAUUUCUCUACCUCAUCAGUGUAGCAAGUAGGUGUGUACCUGAGUGACUGUGGAAAACGUAUUUAAGUUAUUUAACACCUUUGUAUAACAAAGCCAGAAACAAAAUGGAAAACAAUAAAUAAAUGUAUUUUAAAUUAUAGCCACUCUCGGUCUGACUCUGCGGGGGCUCCUGCGGCCU